GAAGAACGUUUUUGUGUUAAGUUGGCACAACAAGAUCCUUUAUGAUCCCAUACUAUAAAAGCUAUGACGAGCGUUUACGGUAAAGUUCAUUGCUAAGACGUCAGUGGUCUAAAUUUAUUCGUAUCGCACCACGUCAAUUCGUCUAAUAAUUAUUAUACAAACAAUUUCGUAGAUAAAAAGCGACAAUGUUAAAAGCCGAGAUUACGGAUCUAAUGCGAGAUUAUUUUAUUGCAAAUUUAUUUCACGCAUUAACGCAUAUUCUAAGGCCUAGGUUAGACAGCAUGUGAAGAGAGCUAAUCGGUCAAUUAAAUCGCGUAAAAGUGUUUCCAGUAAAUUACUUAAAUCAUGGAUUUCGUGUGUGGGGGGUUGGCGGCCAGCGGAGCCUCAAUAUUCAGCAACCCCUUCGACGUCCUAAAAACCCGUAUGCAGCUACAAGGCGAAUUACAAGCGAAAGGCGAACACGCGGUCCAUUACAAGAACGUUUUCCAUGGGGCGUACGUGGUGGCCAAAAACGAGGGUCUCGCGGGGCUGCAAAAGGGUCUGGGGGUCGCGAUGAUCCUGCACGGAUCGCGGAAUUUCGUCCGACUGGGGAUUUACCAGACGAUGGAGAACGAAGGGUUGCUGACUGACCCCCACGGCAGGACGAUAUUGUACAAAAGUGCGCUGGCGAGUGCUUUCGCGGGUGCGGCGGGGGCUUUUGUCGGUAGUCCCCUUUUCUUAAUUAAGACUCAGCUGCAAUCGCAGGCGGCCGAGCAGAUCGCGGUGGGGCACCAGCACGGACAUAGAGGAGCAAUCAGGGCUAUCCGGAGCAUUUAUCAACAGAAUGGGGUUUUUGGCUUGUGGAGAGGCGUGAACGGGACAAUGUUGCGUGCCUUAGCAGGUUCCUCGUCCCAACUCACCACUUUCGCUUUAUCCAAAGACAAAUUGAAAGAAAUCGACAUAUUGCAAAACUCCCCGUUACUUACAUCGCUAGUCGCCAGUAUUUUUAGCGGUUUGGUGCAAACCGUCUGUAUUAAUCCGUUCGAUGUGGUUUCCACGCGUCUAUUCAACCAGGCGGUCGACGCGAAUGGCCGAGGCGUCCUCUACAGUGGCGUAGUCGAUUGUUUUGGUAAAAUACUAAAGACCGAGGGCUUUUUAGGGUUGUACAAAGGCGUGGUAGCUAAUUAUAUGCGGUUGGCGCCACAUGCGAUGUUUUGUUUAUUGUUUUGGGAUAUUUUAAAGGGCUGGAAGCUGUUGUACUUUGAAAACAGAUAGCAAAUGAUUUUUUUCAUGUAAAUUACUAUUCCAAUAAACAGUUAUCUUACUAGCCAAAAUAUGUAAAAAUUGUACAAAAUUUAGUACAAUU